AUGGCGGCGUCAUUUACACCUCUCGAGAAGAUACCGGCUGAUAGAGAGAGUAAUCUCUGUUACCACAGCUCGGAAAACAUCGAAAGGGGAGAGGUCGUCGAUGUAAAUAAUAUCACAACGACCACUAGGAUAGAGCUCGACUCAUUCGCACACCUCGACCAGAAGAAGAUUCUACGUAAGAUGGAUAUUCGAUUGAUUCCUAUGCUCGCGCUCCUCUACUUGCUCUCCUUUCUCGACCGAGGAAAUAUUGGAAAUGCUAAGAUUGAGGGCCUCCAGGAAGAUCUUAACAUGACCCCUGAUCAGUAUAACUGGUGCCUCACAGUCUUCUUCUUCACCUACGCAGCUUUCGAGGUCCCUUCCAAUCUGCUACUUAAAAAGCUUCGCCCUAGCAUUUGGCUCCCUACUAUUAUGGUCGCAUGGGGUGUUGUUAUGACUCUGAUGGGCAUCGUAAAGAACUACCACGGACUCCUAGUUGCACGCAUCUUUCUUGGCUACUACCUUACCAUGUGGUAUUGCCGCCACGAAAUUCAACUCCGGCAGGCUUUAUUCUUCUCAGCAGCCUCCGUCGCCGGUGCAUUUAGCGGCCUGCUCGCGUUCGGUAUCGCCAAAAUGGAUGGCGUCGGUGGACUAGAGGGCUGGCGCUGGAUCUUCAUUCUCGAAGGAAUUGUUACUGUGCUUGUCGCCAUCAUGGCGUACUUUACUCUUUUCGAUUUUCCAGAUACCGCCAGUUUCCUCACUGAAGAGGAAAGAGCCUUUGUUGUCUUCCGAUUGAAGUAUCAAAGCGCGGCGGGCAAAGGACGGGAGGGCAUCGUCCUUGUUGCGGAGGCUGAGGAGUUUAGGUGGGAAUACGUCUGGGCUGCCUUCAAAGACUGGCAGGUUUGGAUUAAUAUCUUUGUUUACUGGGGUAUUGGCGUUGGUAACCUUGGUGGUGCCAUGGCCUCUAACUUUUACCGCGCUAAGGACUCCCCUCGAUAUAUUAUCGGACACGCUUUGGAGAUUGGUUUUAUAUGCGCUGGUAUCAUUGCGACUUUCAUCCUCGUGUGUGGAUAUAAUCGUAUUAACAACAACCGCGAGAAGCAAAUGGCCCAGGGCGCUGCUAAUCACUUUAGCGCUGAGGAAUCCGCUUCUACCUCGGUAGAGACCACGAAAGAGCAUCAGGACAGAAUUCGAUGUUAUAAUCGCAAUCAAAACAGAACAACCGGAUCAAGAUAG